GUAACAUCGUUUCGCGGUAGAUACACACCCCCUAUUAUAAUUCGCCUCGUUCGACCGAACAUUGUCGUGUGGAGUGCAGUGAAUAUACGUGGUAGUGCUCUUCCAAUGUUAUGGUCGCCUGGUACCAUGUCGGACUUAAUGUUUUUAAAUGAAAAAUGUAAACGGCGAGCGUAAUGCGUCCACGCCUGUGAUGUCUCUAAUAUGCAGUGCGACGGCCUCUACUUCGUGUUUCUAGCGUUAUGCUGCAUCCAUACCGCAUCUGAACCGUUACGUUUUCCUGAAGAUUAUCGAACAAAUGUUGUUCGGAGACGUCGAAGCGAUGAGAAGGACAGUUUGGCGUUGUCCAGAGAGAUAUUCAAAAACAUCACCAAGCAACUACGCGAAAAUAUUAAGCGCGAAGGAGCGACUGACAGGAACGAUCAAUUGUUACAGAACAAGGUAGAAGAGUCACGCCCCUAUGUGCCGUAUCAGAGUUACCAUGAUCACCAUCAUGAACACCAUUGGGGGCCAUACUUCGAGGAAGAGAAGUACACUCAAGUGACGGCCCAUGUGGGGGCCGAAGCCUUGCUGAACUGUAGAGUCGUCAUGCUCAAGGACAAAACGGUGAUGUGGUUGAGAAACACCACGGAGUCAGCGCAACUCCUCACCGUCGGUCCAGCGUUAUACGCCGGCGACAAUAGGAUAGCAGUUAAAUUCCAAUACCCAAACAACUGGAGGCUCAGUAUGAACCCAGUGAAGUUCACCGAUGCCGGUCACUAUAUGUGCCAAAUCUCCACUCACCCACCAAGAACGAUAUUCACCAACCUCACCGUACUACCCCCUGUAAUAUCCAUAAACGGUGAUGAGACACAUGAUGUGAAAGACAGGUUUUAUAAAGCGGGUAGCGCGAUAAAAUUAUCCUGUAUCAUAUCAGAACAAUAUGUGUCGUCUAUAUCUACGAAGGCGCCAGUAACAACGCCUUUGCCUACAACUACACCCUUACCCGUAACUACAACUACAGAAUUAACUACAAAAUUGAGUACAAUAUUCAAUAGAAUAGAUUUAAUGAUGAAUAAAAGUUGGAGUGUCGAAACUACGACGAUUACCUCAACUGUUAGUGUAAGUACUACUACUAAGAGAGCACCAGAAAGGAUGACGACUGAGUUGACUACAAUCAAACCAACGACACCUCCAGUAGAAAAUAAUGUAUAUGGAAUUGUUUGGAAGAAAAAUGGAAAGGAAUUUUCUGAAAAUGUCACUUGGAGGAAUAUGAGUGCUACCAUUAGUGUAGGGUCGGCAUCACAGAACGACAGCGGAACGUACUCCUGUCACUUGCAGAAUCAUUCCCAAGUAACGAUAAAUGUUCAUGUUUUGAUCGGCGAAAAUCAGGCUGCAGUUCAGCACAACAGGGGAAACAAAUGGACACUUUUCUGGCAACCACGUGAUUUAGCUUUAAUUUCUUUCACUAUUAUAGUUUUAUUAUUUGACCCCUGAUGGAAAAAAAACUAAAUUAUGAUAUUAAAAUAUUUCACGCGACGAAACGUCUUAGUUUGCGUUACGACUAAAAUUUAUGAACGCCGGGAAAUGAGAGUGUCAUUCGAGACAUAAAAUGUGAUGUUCGCUGAUAUUCCAGCAGAUUAUUUGAAUUUAGAAUAAAUAUAUUUUUAUAGAUAUGUUUCUAACCAGUUCUUUUUCUAAGAAAUGUUGCUGCAAUAUGGUUGAAUUUUCCUCAGAGUCUAUUUCAGUUUGUAAAGCAUUGGACCGGGAUUGUGAAAUAGGUAUCUAAUAAAUAAAUCCUUCGACAUCGAGUGUAAAUCCUGUUCGCUAGGAUAUCAAAUUCAAGGAAUCGAACUAUCCUUAUGUAUUUUUGUUUUGCUUGAAACAGUAAAUUUUAUAAAAUAUCUAUAAAAAUAUUUUUAUUCUGUCAUACAAAUUUAGAGUACGAUACAUUCGACCAUGAAUUAGACUUAACUAAAGUUAAAACUAUGCAUAUAAACCUAGUCUAGUAAUUAAAAAAAGUCUUCAAAAUCUGUUGUAAAAUAAAUUCAAAUACUUCAUUGGUUCAUAGAGGAUGUAAUAAUUAUUUUUGACAAGAUGCAAAGAAGCAGCUUUUAUAAAAAAUCCUUUGGUUUACAAAAGGCGUAAUUCACAACAAUGCAUAAAAUGCUCGUAAAAAGGUUUUAGUACUUUUUUAGUAUGCAGUGAGUGAUUACGUAAAGUGCUAUCCGUGAACAUGUAAUUUUAAAAUGUGUACAUAAUAUAAUUUGACUGUUGAAAUAUUUGAGCGUUCAGAUUUAUGAUUUGUUGGAUAUAAUUUAAUUUUAUACUUUAUCGAAAUUCGAAAUGUUUACACAAAGUGUAUUUAGUUUAAGACAACAUUAUUACUUAAAGUAAGGUUAAAUGUAGACUGUACAUAAAUUCCAUUUUGAGAUCUAUGAUGACAAAUGGUAUGACUUUGAACCGUGUAAUAUCUGUAGUAUAAUAAUAUUAUACUUAACAUGUAUUUCAAUACAAAAUGUACAGUUAAUGCUACUAAACUCUUAUUCUAAGGAAUACAAACUUUCUCGUUUGUAAUAUAAACAUAGGAAUAAUGCGAGGCGAAGCCAAAAUAGUAACUUUAUCUAUAAGAUAUUUUAUAUGUUGUUGCACAUUUUUGUUAAUAAUACACAAAUCUCUCAUCUGUAAACAAAAGAAAGACUAUGUUAAAUGACUGUAAACUAUAAAAUAAACUUAACAUUAUACUAAAGUC